AUGGAACAGCUGCUUUGCAACCGAGCCAACGAAGCCAGUGGCUCUCUGGCUGUUAUCGAUGGAGAGCAUCGUUUCACGUAUCGCGAUCUUUUAUCCAAGGCCGACAUUCUGGCGAUGGACCUGCUCGAGAAAGUUCUUCGUGCUGAAGAGCCUGUUGGUAUCGUUUUUGGGCCAAGUUGGCAGCAAAUCAUUGCUCAGGUUGCCGUCCUGAGAGCAGGGGGAACCUCUGUGCCGAUUGAUCCGUCUGUCCCGGAUAUACAACUGCGCGCCAUGCUUGACGAAUUGAGCACUCGAUUCGUCAUGACAACGAACAAUUUGUCGGCAAGAGUCUCUCAAUUCGAGAUCCUGCCUAUCGAAACGGUUUUGAAUCCUGAACACCAGACAGAGAAAUACGGUGAAAUCAAUACGAUUUCUGGGCAAUUGGAAGGCCACAGAAGUCAUAUUUUUCAUACAUCUGGCUCGACAGGAAAGCCCAAGGCUGUUCAGAUUUCUUCGAAAGCUGUUCUCCACCUCGCCAAGUCACUGCCCCUAGACAUUGGGGAAGGUGAUAAAGUCGGGCAGCUAAACAACCCAGGAUUUGACCUUUCUUUGUUCGAAGUCUGGGUUACACUGCUUUCUGGUGGUACAGUGGUGCACAUCCCGAAGUCCAUUAUUAAGGACCCCGUCUCCUUUGCCGCCUUUUUAAAAGACGUGGGCGUUACGGCGCUCAUUUUACCCUCAACUCUCUUUACUGCGGUAUCCGCUGGUAUUCCUUCUGCUUUCCAGUCCCUUCGUCAUGUUCUGAGUGCAGGAGAGUCGCCCAGUCCUCAGGCAAUGCAAAGGGUUCUCAGUAGUGAUGGUCCUCCUAAAAACUUGUGGAACGGCUACGGACCUACAGAAACAACAUGUCUCUCUACUCUGCAACGAGUUACACUCCAGGAGGCUCAAUCUGGAACGAUUAGCGCCGGAAUACCAUUUGGAGAUACUGUGCUUCACCUCCUUGAUGAAUCCCGGAAGCCAAUUGUUGACGACGAAGUUCCUGGCGAAAUAUGUAUUGGAGGGCCAGGCUUAUCCGUAGGGUACCUGAAUUGCCCAGAAGCAACUGCCGAGAAUUUUAUUGAGAUUGAGCUUGCAGAAUCGCAGGACUCUGGACGGAUGAAGGUCAUCCGGUUGUACCGCACAGGCGAUAUUGGGAUGUGGAAAGGGCUACCAAAACGCCUCCAGUACAUUGGGCGUGUAGAUCUCCAGGUGAAACACCAAGGCUUCCGUGUUGAGCUGGAGGAAAUUGAGCGGACUAUCGCAGCAAAUGAUAGCGUUCAGGCAGUGGCUUGCUUGCACCAGAAAGCCGGUGAUGGUCCUGGAUCUGACCGUCUUACAGCUGUUGUCGCCCCGGCAAACGACAUGCCACUUGACCCGCACGAGAUCAUCGAAUGGACACAAAACCGACAUCCCUAUUAUAUGGUCCCUGAUCAAGUCAGGAUUGUCUCUGAGAUUCCUCUGAAUUCUCGCGGUAAAGUUGACCGUGCAGCUUUGUACAAUGAGAUCCAGGAAUCUCGGCCCUUGAGAUCCCUACAGAAUCACGCGAAUGAAGACAAGUCCGCCUUGGAGAAGAUUACAAAUAUCCUGGAAGGGAUCUUAGGACUCUCCAAUCUUAGUCCUGAUGACAACAUUCUUUCUCUCGGCCUGUCAUCCUUGCAAGUCGCUCGAUUCCUUGGCCUAGUAAAAAAAGAAGUUGGAACAUUGAUAUCAAUCAAGGAUCUAUAUAUCCAUCCGACCCUUAGGUCCUUGGUACAUCACCUACACCAAGCUAAUGAAAUAAACUAUGGACCGUCUGAAGUCCUACAAUUUGAAGCUGACACCCAUCUGGCUGAUGACAUCGAGUUGAUCCCGGAUUGGACAUCCGAAGGUCGCGUAUUCCUUACAGGUGCUACCGGAUUUAUCGGAGUCAACUUGUUAUAUCGUUGGCUCUCCAAGCCAUCUAUGAAGGACGUUGAGAUAGCAUGUCUCGCUCGGGGGAAUGAACACUACUCACCUAUAGACCGGAUAAAGAAUGCUCUCGAGAAAUAUGACCUCUGGAGCGAAGACAUUUCCCAUGAAAUAAAGAGAGUGAUUGUCUUGGAUGGUGAUAUGACGCAGGAACGUCUUGGCCUCUCGCAAAGUGACUAUGAGUGGCUCAUUAAUUGGGCACCGGCGGUCUUUCAUGCAGCUGCGAAGGUUAACUGGUGUGAUUCCUACAACGGCCAUUUCGCCCAAAACGUCCUUGGCACCAAGAAUGUCCUUCGAGUCGCAGCAGAAGGGCGGCGAAAGACCUUCCAUUACAUCUCUAGCAUCGACGUCUGGGCGGUCACCGGGCUUAUACUCGGAACAAAAGUUGUGUCCGAGGAUGGUCCGCUCAAGGUUCAUCUCGCUUCGCUCCCUUUUGAUACUGGCUAUGCCCAGAGCCAGUGGGUAGCAGACGAGAUGGUGCAAAGAGUGCGCAACAAAGGCCUCCCGGUGACCAUUUACCGUCCUGGAUUCGUUGUCGGCGACAGUAAAACAGGGGCGGGUAACCCAGACGAUUUCUUUAGUCGACUGAUCGCUACAUGCAUCCAACUGGGAUACUGGCCGCAGUUGCCACACCAGAACCUGGAAUAUGUCACAGUCGACUAUGUUUGCGAUUCGAUUCUACAUAUAGCUUCAGACAAUCGCAAUAUUGGCCAUGCCUAUACCCUGAGUUCGCCAAACCCAGGUCAGAUUACGAACAUGGAAAGGUUAUGCGUACUUGUUAACCAGGCUGGCUUUUCGGUUCAAGAAAUUCCAUACGCAGAGUGGUUGCAGAAGUUGCAAGCGUGGGACGGGUUUGAAUCGAGCCCCUGUUUACCUUUGAUGCCUUUGCUUGCAGAGCCCAUCCUACGUGGUGAUACACGUCUUCAAACAAGCAAAUAUUCACCGAGGUACGACUGUACGAAUACUCUAAAGGCAAUUGGCGCUUGCGACGAUAUUCGUUUUACCCAACUCACAGCCGAGCUCAUCAAGAAGUUUAUCGAUUUCUGGACUCGCAAGGGUUUCCAUGACCUUUGA